CGGCACCGCGCCCCGCGCUGCCGGGAAACGAAAGCGAAAGGCGCCGGGGCCGGAGGGCGGCGGUCGCGCGGCGGAGCGGCCAUGGCCGGGCAGCAGCCGGGCGCCUUCCCGCUGCUGGUGCGCGGCGACUGGGGCGCCGCCGAGCCGCCGGGCGCCCUGCGGAAGAAGCUGCUCUGCUACUUCCAGAGCCAGAAGCGCUCGGGCGGCGGCGAGUGCGAGCUGCGAGCGGCGCCGGCGCCCGGGCACCUCCUCGUCUGCUUCGCUCGCCGCGACGUGAGGCAGCGAGUUCUUCAGAGACAGACUCAUGAGCUGGAUUUGGGAGAAAAGGGGAAGUUGAGGCUGCUUGUCACGGAGCCUGAAACAGCAGCAACCACUGAAAAGGGGACAUCUGAGAAAAAAUUAGUUCCCACAAAGGAGAAUAGAAAAUGGGAAGCCUCGCAGGCGACGGAGAGUUUUGUUCCAAAUACUGAGCUGCAGGAGAAGUCAUGCCCUGUGGAGAAUGUUGCAGAGCGCUCCGCAGGGACCUCGCCAUCGGUGGUCCUCGAAAACGUGCAGCACUUCAAUGCAAAAUGCUUAUGUAUGCUGUUGGAGAACAUCAGUGGCCUAACAACAAAUGAUGACUUCCAUGUGGAAAUGAUACCUGAAAUAAAUGCUGCCGUGGUUACCUUCAUGAAAAGUAGCGAUGCUGAAGAAUUUGUCAAAAAAUGUGCAGAAAACAAACGAAUUAAGAAAUUUAAAAUUACUGCCAGGCUUCUUGAAGUGACCCACAGCAUCAAGGCUGAAAACAUACCGGCUAGAGUUUCUACAGACUAUAUCACUGUUUACUUUGAGAGUGCGUGCAACGGAGGUGGGCCUGUGUCGGACGUCCGGCUCCUGCCUGAGGAGUGCUCGGCCAUCGUUACCUUCUGCAGUCCCAAAGAUUUAAGCACUGUCUUGGAAAAGCAGCAUUCACUUGAACGGACGCCAAUUUUCGUGCAUCCAUAUUACCAUUCCCUGGGAACAGCUCUCUAUGGAGAGGAAAGACCAAGUGUCAAGAUGCCGGACCCCUUUGGGGUGCCGCUGGAUCCCUACAUCUGGCAGUUUUUACAAAGGCAGGACAAACUGAUCCAAAAAAUAAACCAGGAAAUGGCAGUUUGCCACUGUGAUGUGAAAUGGCCGCAGACCGGUUGUGCACACCCAGAGAUUACGUUGUGUCCCUCAUCAUCCCUCUCUGAGCAGAAAAAGCCGAUGAUUCAGUUGAUCAAAACAUGGAAGCAAGACGCUUCUGCGGAGCUCUCGCGCAUCAUGUCCUGCUACACAGCCAUAAAGUGUCAAGUAAAUUCAGCGGAAUGGGAAGACGUGAAAGCCAGACUGAUGAAAGAUGUUGCUUUGAUUGUAACGGAUGCUUCUGAGGAGAUGGUGGUGAUCGCUGGCGACAGAGCAGCUGUGCACAGUGCAGAGAAAGAAGUGAGGGAGUGCAUGGAAAAAGCCAUGAAAGACAGAAAAAGGCAAAACCAGAGUAUAGAAAUUUCUGUGUCAGUGAUGCCAGGGAAGUAUGCAGUUUUGCACAAUGCUGGGCUAGAAGAGAAUAUUUACAAAGAAUAUCCAUGCUUAAAGAUCUUUUAUGAUGAUACCAAAAAAACUAUCCAGUUGUGUGGAUUACCUGUGGAGGUGUAUAAAAUUAAAGCUGACUUACUGGAAAAGGUACUGAACAUGCCAUAUAAAUCAGUUAACAUUGCUCCCCAUGUUUUCCGAUAUCUACAGCGUGUAGAUAAUAAAACAAUAUCAGAGAGAUUAUUUACUUCAGAAAAAAUUAAGGCUUUUUAUGAGCUUAAGGAUGAUACUGUAGUGCUGUUUGGAGACUCUCCUAAAGAUCUUUUAGAUGCAGAAAAGCAAAUAAACACAGAUUUAGACUAUAAGUGUAUUGAUCUGGAGGACUCUGAAGUCAUUAAAAAGGAGGAGUGGAAGAGUCUUGUCAUCUUAUCGUGUGAGAAGUACAAUUAUUCCCAGAAAACUGUAAUAAUUGAUGAACCUGUUGGAAAAGAAAACAAAGUGAUCAUUACUGGCUUUUCUAAAGCUGUAGCAGAAGUUUAUCAGAACAUUUUUGAUUUUAUAGAUAGAAACACGCAAGUGGAAGAAGUAAUCCCAGCUAAGUCAGUGGCAGUAGUGCAGUUCAUAGAGAAGGAAAAAUCCAGUGUUUAUCUUGAAUUCAGGAAGAAAGGUGUGACAGUAUGUUUUGGCACCAAGGUACCACGUAUUUCUCUGAGCGGACCAAAAGCAGAAGUGCUAAAGGCAGUCACCACAUUUCAGCAAAUUCUCUCCUCACUGUGCUGUAAUAAUGUGCUAAUUGAUAAACCAGGAGCCAAAGAGUUUUUCACAGAGAGGAAAGAUACGUAUGUUUUGGAGGCAAAGCAGAAAUACAACUGUUUGAUUAGGCUAAAAGUAGAAGAACAAGAACAAAAAGGUGAAAAAGUUGAUAAUAAAGGGGAAAGAGAGCUCUGCUAUGAGGAAACCCUGGAAAGUGGAGUUGUAAUAGCUGUCUAUAAAGGUAACUUGUGUAAUUAUCCAGUGGAUGUUGUGGUAAAUGUAUCAAGUGAAGACUCAAAACCACUUGGUGGGCUUGCUGGGGCCCUUCUACAAGCAGCUGGUCCAGACCUGCAAAGAGAGUGUGAGCAGCUUGUGGAAAAGUAUGGGCGCCUGCAGCCUGGAUGUGCCAUCAUCACCGGCGCAGGGAAGCUCCCCUGCAAGCACGUGAUUCAUGCUGCUGGGCCCAGGUGGAGGAAAAAAGAGACAGAAAAAUGUUUGCGCUCAGUAAGGAAGACAGUGAAGAAUUGUCUGCAACUGGCCGAAACGUAUAAUCAUCGCUCCAUAGCGCUCCCUUCUAUGAGUGCUGGGAUUUCUGGCUUCACACUGCAAUCGUGUGCACAUUCAAUUGUGUCGUCCAUCAAGAAAACCUUGCAAGAAUCCAUGGGGGACAGCAGCUUGAAGGAGGUUCAUCUUGUGGAUGAUGCAGACGAAAUAGUUCGGGUUCUGAGUAAGGCAGUAAAGCAAGUGUUUACUGCUAAAUUGUCCUCCUGGACAUCGCUGCCCCAGCUCUCUAAAUUGUCCUCCUGGACAUCGCUGCCCCAGCUCUCUGACAGCCGUGACCCGAAGGAAAGCCAGAAGGCCACAAGAAAAGAGGAUCUGCAGAUGGUUACAACAAAUGAAGGACUGCGCAUCAGACUGGAGGAAAGAAAGAUUCAGGAUGCCACGACGGACGUUAUUGUCAACAGCGUGGGCAUGGAUCUGCAGCUUGGUGUGGGGCCUCUUUGCAAAGCCUUGCUGGAGAAGGCUGGACCAGGACUCCAGUUAGAGUUUGAUAAGGAAAAGCAAGGACAGGUAGCUGGUCAAGCAACUGUGCUCUGCACUGGUGGAUGCAAUCUGCCCUGCAAGUCCGUGCUUCAUGCCAUUCUUCCCACCUGGGACAAAGGAAAAGGACAAGCUCUGAAGACCCUAGAAGACAUAGUCAGUUGUUGCCUGCAGAAAACUGAAGCACUUGCACUGAAUUCGAUCACUUUCCCAGCAAUUGGAACCGGAGGAUUUGGAUUUCCCAAAUCCACCGUUGCUAAAUUAAUGUUUGACGCAGUGUUUGAGUUCAGUAGAGGUCACACUCGGAAGACUCUCCAGGAAGUUCAUUUUGUCUUGCACCCGGAUGAUACUGGUAACAUUCAGGCAUUUACCACUGAACUGGAACGUAGGGUAGCUGAGAAUCGCAGUGUGGCAGCACGACAGCAAAUUUUCAUUGAGCCUGUUACGACUAACGCAUUGGGAGUUCAUGAAAUGCAGAUUGGUUCUAUUACACUCCAAGUAAUUAAUGGAGAUAUUACUAAGGAAGACACAGAUGUUAUUGUAAACAUAUCGAAUCCAACAUUUAAUGCCACAUCAGGGGUCUUCAAAGCAAUUAUGGAUGCUGCUGGUUCCCAGGUAGAAGGAGAGUGUGCUCAGUAUGCUGGGCAGCUUCAAAGUGGCUUUGUUACUACACAAGGUGGAAAGCUGCAGUGCAGUAAAAUCAUCCACUUGAUUCACAGUCUGGAUGUGAAGAAUCAGGUCACCCAAGUGCUUCAGGAGUGUGAGCUCCGGAUGUAUGCAUCCGUGGCCUUCCCAGCAAUUGGAACAGGUCAAGCAGGACAGAGUCCAGCAAAGGUAGCUGAUAACAUGUUGGAUGCUAUAGUUGAAUUUGCAAGCAAAAAAGCAGUACAGCAUUUGAAAAAAAUUAGAAUAGUCAUCUUCCAGACAGAGAUGAACAGUAAAUUUUAUGAAAGCAUGAAGAAAAGGCAAGAGUUAGAUGCCCAUGAUUCUGAUACGGAUGAAUCUAAGUUCAUAUCAUUUUUGUUUGGCAAAAACCAAUCCACUGAGAAGAAACCACCCUUGGUUUUGGAGAAGAAAGUUGAGUUAGUCACAUUCCAAAUUUGUGGAGAAAGCCAAAAGAAUGUGGAUGAUGCCGCAUCCUGGAUAAUGAAUUUGAUUUUAAAGGAACAGUGUGAAAACAUUAUUUCAGAUGAGCUAAUUGAAAGUUUUGAUCAGAGGCAGAUUAAGACUCUGGAAGAUCUUCAGAGAAGACAACAUGUUACCAUUCAGCUUGAAAACAACCAGUCUCCCCCACACAUAAAAAUUUCUGGUAUUAGCCGGGAUGUCUAUUCUGUUUCUGUGGAAGUUCAAAAUAUGAUCCAAAAACUUAAGGAUACUCAAGAAGAACGAUUCGAGGCAGAACUUGUUUAUAACCUAGUCGAAUGGAGGUAUCUAGGAAGCAAUGGUACUUUUGUAGCUUUUGAUAAGCUGACAAAUAUGCAGCUGGAGAAUGCCAAAAUAGCUAAAAAAACACAUGUUUGUGUCAAAAUUAAGAAUACGAAUUACAAGGUGGAUCUGAACACUUUACAAGCUAACAAUGACCAAGGAACAACUAUAAGCAUUCAACGUGUGCCAAAGAAUGAAGAAAAGCAGAUGGUAGAGGUGCCGCUGGAGUGGGAAGACAUGAAGGGGGAGUGGGUCAGGGUGGUGAACCUCCUGCCGACGAGCCAGCAGUAUCUGGACGUUCAGAAAGCAUUUCGGAAAACCUGUCCCAGCUUCACCAUAGAGAAGAUUGAAAGAAUACAAAAUCCCUUCCUCUGGCAGACCUACCAAAUCAAAAAGAACUCUCUGGAUGUGAAGAACAAAAAUGAAAAUAAUGAGAAGUUGCUGUUUCACGGGACAGCGAGAUCCUCACUGAGCACCAUCAAUUGCAAUGGAUUUGAUCGUGGCUUUGCUGGAAAGAAUGCUGCCAUGAUUGGAAAUGGAACGUACUUUGCCGUCGAGGCGAAUUAUUCUGCUCAGGAUACUUAUUCCCGACCAGAUAGGAACGGCAAAAAAUACAUGUACUUGGCUCGGGUCCUCACGGGGCAAUACUGCACCGGGAGCCCAGGUCUCAUUACUGCACCACCAAAAAACCCAGCAGCUCCUACCGACCUGUACGACAGCGUGGUCGAUAAUGUGGCUCUUCCAACAAUCUUUGUCAUAUUCAAUGACAUUCAAGCAUACCCGGAGUACUUGAUUACUUUCAGAAGAUAGAAUAUUUUUCAUAUAAAGUGCCAAGGGGCUGCCGAUGAGGACUUACUUCAGACGCUCCCUCUCAGCCGGAAUAACCCUGCUCACCAGGACUAUUUUCUCAGGGAUCCACCGACAUUUGCUGCCAUUAAGAGUCCAAAAUGGACUUUGCCUUCAUUGUUUCCCCAUGAUCGUGGUCUUAGUGAUCUCCAAGGUAUAAAUUCCUAAAUUUGUAGCCGUUUCUUAGGGGUGUUCUCUGCACCACGGAAAUCAGAACUUGUGUAUGCAGAAUCUUGGCUUUUGGAAUUUUUAAGAUCAUAAAAAAACCCUCUGAUUUCUUCCAGGCAGCAUGGAAGUGUUAACCCUUGGGUAGAACUGCCCGGAGUAACCUCUGGGGCAAUCUGGGUUAGCGAGCUCAAACUCGAGCACUGGCACCUUUUUUAAGUUCUGUACACUAACAGCAUCUGUUCAGCUGAAAUGCAUCUUUGCAGCAGGACGCGUGAUGACAGCGGUAGUUUCUUGUACUGUCCCUCGAAAGCCAUAUAGGUUUGGUUCAAUAAAAGUGAUUUCCCAGA